AUGCCAUUAAAAUGGAAAAGCGGUUCUCCUGCUAGCUGGAAAUUCCCAGUUCCUGUGCUUAAAACAUCUAGGUCGUCUCCUCUCUCCCCAGCCUACAUCCACCAUCAUUCCUUUGUGGUCUGGACAGCCCACUCUCUGCUUGCCGCUGCUCCGACAUGCCACUUGACUGGAUCCCUUGUGGAUGAGGACGACCCUCAUAUGAAAGUGUCUCUGGGGAGCAGCGACAUGGGCGUGUCCGCCCACCUCCAGGCGUCGAAGACGGGCAACACGCGGUUCUUCACGAGCAACACCCACAGUUCCGUGGUCCUACAGGGGUUCGACCAGCUGAGAAUAGAGGGACUGCUCUGUGACGUGACCCUGGUGCCGGGGGACGGGGACGAGGCCUUUCCGGUCCACCGGGCGAUGAUGGCGUCCUCCAGCGAUUACUUCAAAGCUAUGUUCACAGGUGGGAUGAAGGAGCAGGACUUGAUGUGCAUCAAGCUUCACGGCGUCAACCGGAUAGGCCUCAAGAAGAUAAUCGACUUCAUCUACACAGCCAAGCUCUCACUCAACAUGGAGAACCUUCAAGACACGCUGGAGGCGGCCAGCUUUCUCCAGAUACUCCCCGUGCUCGACUUCUGCAAGGUCUUUCUCAUAUCGGGGGUCUCGCUGGACAACUGCGUGGAGGUGGGCCGCAUCGCCAACACGUACAACCUGACCGAGGUGGACAAGUACGUCAACAACUUCAUCCUGAAGAACUUCCCCUCGCUCCUGGCCACGGGAGAGUUCGUCAAGCUGCCCUUCGAGCGGCUGGCCUUCGUGCUCUCCAGCAACAGCCUGAAGCACUGCGGCGAGCUGGACCUGUUCAAGGCCGCCUGCCGCUGGCUGCGGUCCGAGGAGGGCCGCAUGGAGCACGCGGCCAAGCUGAUGAAGAACAUCCGCUUCCCCCUCAUGAGCCCGCAGGAGCUCAUCAACCACGUGCAGACGGUGGACUUCAUGCGCACGGACAACACCUGCGUCAACCUCCUCCUGGAGGCCAGCAACUACCAGAUGAUGCCCUACAUGCAGCCGGUCAUGCAGUCGGAGAGGACGGCCAUCCGCUCGGACAGCGCGCACCUGGUGACGCUGGGCGGCGUGCUGCGGCAGCAGCUGGUGGUCAGCAAGGAGCUGCGGCUGUACGACGAGAAGGCGCACGAGUGGAAGGCGCUGGCGCCCAUGGACGCGCCGCGCUACCAGCACGGCAUCGCCGUCAUCGGCAACUUCCUGUACGUGGUGGGCGGCCAGAGCAACUACGACACCAAAGGCAAGACGGCGGUGGACACGGUCUUCCGCUACGACCCGCGCUACAACAAGUGGAUGCAGGUGGCCUCGCUGAACGAGAAGCGCACCUUCUUCCACCUCAGUGCCCUCAAAGGACACCUCUAUGCAGUGGGCGGGCGCAACGCCGCGGGGGAGCUCGCUACCGUGGAGUGCUACAACCCCAGAACCAACGAGUGGACGUACGUCGCGAAAAUGAAUGAACCUCACUACGGCCACGCCGGGACGGUCUACGGCGGCUUCAUGUACAUUUCAGGUGGAAUCACUCACGACACUUUCCAGAAGGAGCUGAUGUGCUUUGACCCCGACACGGACAAGUGGACUCAGAAAGCGCCCAUGACCACGGUGCGGGGGCUGCACUGCAUGUGUACUGUGGGCGACAGGCUGUACGUCAUCGGGGGGAACCACUUCCGGGGCACCAGCGACUACGACGACGUGCUGAGCUGCGAGUACUACUCGCCGGCGCUGGACCUGUGGACGCCCAUCGCCGCCAUGCUGCGGGGCCAGAGCGACGUGGGCGUGGCCGUCUUCCAGAGCAAGAUCUACGUGGUGGGCGGCUACUCCUGGAACAACCGCUGCAUGGUGGAGAUCGUGCAGAAGUACGACCCGGAGAAGGACGAGUGGCACAAGGUGUUCGACCUGCCCGAGUCGCUGGGCGGGAUCCGCGCCUGCACGCUCACCGUCUUUCCCCCCGAGGACAAUACAGGGUCCCCCUCCAGGGAGUCGCCCCUCUCGGCCCCCUGAGCCCCCAGCCCCCCCCCCCCCAGGGCGCCCCGCCCGCCCGCCCCACCUCAGAGUCACUGUUUGCACUUCCUCUUUUUUGGACUACGCCCGGGGGGCGUGCUUCAUAGGCAGAGCGCCACAAAAACGCUUUAGAGGGGCUGCUGGGAGAUGGAGUCCUAACGGCUCGUUGUGCGUCGGCCUCUCGGUUAAAACCUUUUUGUGACGCUGUGCUUGUGGAACACAGUCCUGUACUGCUCCCCCUAAUUCUAACCCCUCCCCCCCACCCCACCCAACUCUCAUACUGCCCCCUCCCCUAUUCUGGAGAGUCUGCUCUUCUCUCAACUGACUAUUUAUACCAGGCUGCUAGGCUGGCCUUCAGUUUUUACUCAGCUCAACAAACAACUCGUACCUGCGAAGCCUUGGUGGCAGGAAGGCCUUUCCGCUGAGUGAGAAACAGACAGGUGUGAUUUUGCAGCCCAAGUGCAUCAAUGUUCAUGUUCUUUUGGGAUGCGUUUAUCAGAGCGGUCUGUAACUUAGCAUCGCAUAGGAAUUCGAACGGAAGCGAAUCAAUGAAACGUGUCUUGAGUGUAACGAUCCCUGUUUCUUUCAAGGUUAUUUCUGUGAAUCAGGAGAAUUUGGGAGGCGUUGUUGACAUUGAUGUACAAUUGAUGAUUUAUUUUAUUAUUAUUAUUAUUAUUAUUAUUAUUAUUAUUAUUAUUGCUGUUGUUGUUUUUUUUAAAUUCUCAUCUGCAGAAGCGCUGGGGCAGAUGAGCCCACAGAAGGAGAUGAAAAGGUUUUAAUCUCAGGAGUUGGCCAGCACCUUCCUCCCAACUUCCUCCUCCCCCAACAACCCAACAACAAUUACAGUUAUUUCUGCGAUUGUUAUUAACCAUUAAAGAAAUGGUGUUUUCUAAAUUUAAUAAACAAGAUUUUGAAAAGCUC